CCUGUUCCACUGUCGGCAGCACUGAGUAGCUAUUAAUUUACUUUUCCCACGCUCCUUCUGGUUUAUUUGCCACCGCGUAGGGCUGAAGAAGUGGUGGCGCCGCUAGUUAAAACAAUGCAGCACCCCCGUGGGUUUAGUGGGUUUCUUGGGUUUUUACUCUGCUUAGUGUUGUUGGGGUCCUGCACUUCAGUGGCGCUAGGCAAGCGUAACGUAUCAGACCCACAUUGGCAUCCCGCUACUGCCACUUGGUACGGCAGCCCUGACGGUGAUGGCAGCGACGGAGGGGCUUGUGGGUACGGAACCCUAGUGGACGUGAAGCCGCUGAAGGCCCGAGUCGGCUCGGUGAGUCCGGUACUGUUCAAGAACGGGGAGGGGUGCGGGGAGUGCUACAAAGUGCGGUGUCUGGACAAGAGCAUAUGCUCGAGGCGGGCUGUGACGGUCAUCGUAACUGAUGAGUGCCCCGGCUGCGGCAAUGGACGCAGCCACUUCGACCUGAGUGGCGCGGCCUUCGGUCGCCUGGCCAUAGCUGGGGAGGGUACCCAACUCAGGAACCGAGGCGAGAUCCCAGUUGUUUUCCGGAGGACGGCGUGUAAAUAUGGAGGGAAGAACAUUGCCUUCCAAGUAAAUGAAGGUUCCACGGAUUAUUGGUUGUCGCUUCUGGUUGAAUUUGAGGAUGGAGAUGGAGAUAUUGGAUCAAUGCAUAUAAGAGAAGCUGGUUCUAGUGAGUGGUUAGAGAUGAAUCACCUAUGGGGAGCAAAUUGGUGCAUUAUUAGGGGGCCCUUAAAAGGGCCAUUCUCAGUGAAGCUAACCACGUUAUCAACAGGAAGAGCCCUAUCUGCAAGGGAUGUAAUUCCCAGAAAUUGGUCUCCAAAAGCCACUUACACCUCUCGCCUCAACUUCUUCUAAUUGUGUGGCUUCUGAGAAGCUUGGAGCUAGUAAAAGUAGCAGUUGUCUUCUUUGUUUUUUGAGGGAAAAGUAGACGGUGCCCAUUGGAAUCAGCAUAAAGGGCAUCCAAGGCUCCUUUCUUUCUGUCUUUCUUUCUUUCUUAAUUUGUUUUGGAGAUUUUUCCUUUUGGUAAGUCUGCUACUUCUGUAAUGAUGGUUAUUGUUUGUAGGUGGCAGCCCUCUCCAAAGGGAGAGCGAGCGUUGGCUGUUUGGUGUGAUUGGUGUUAGUUUGUGGGUCCAGUGGGUUUAACAAACUGGGCCAUUGAAUGUAAAAUUGUGUUGUUAAAUUGAGAGACAAGCUUGAUUCGGACAUGCCACGUCCAUGUGAAACCUU